CGCCUGCGCAUGAGCAGUCCAAGGCUUCCGCUGAAACGUCGCAGGGAAGAUACUCAUUACGUCAACGAUGGCACAGCUUCAUAAACGUCCACGCGAGCUCGGUGACAGAGACCUAGCACGUGAGAGAGCAUCCUCCCCAACAGAAACAGCUGAUGACAACACCGUGUUCGGGAAGCUGCUAGCUGCAGGAUUUUACGGAGUCAGUUCGUUUCUCAUCGUUGUCGUCAACAAAAGCGUCCUGACCAGCUACAGAUUUCCGUCAUCAACAUGUGUCGGGAUCGGCCAAAUGCUGGCUACCAUCGUAGUUCUGAGGGUCGGGAAGAUGUUUGGUGUGAUCUCAUUUCCAGACUUAGAUAUGAGCAUACCUGGCAAGAUGUUUCCUCUGCCUCUGCUGUAUGUGGGGAAUCAAGUAUCAGGGCUGUUUGGGACUCAACGACUCAACUUACCCAUGUUUACAGUUUUGAGGAGGUUCAGUAUUUUUCUAACAAUGGUGUUUGAAGGAUUCUUGCUAAAGAAAACCUAUUCAACCUCAGUUAAGAUGACAGUCUUUACUAUGAUCUUUGGUGCCAUCAUCGCUGCCAGCGAUGAUUUAGCCUUUGACCUCGUAGGAUAUGUGUUUAUAAUGCUCAACAAUGUUCUGACGGCAGCCAGCGGGGCAUAUGUGAAGCAGAAACUUGACUCUAAGGAGUUGGGCAAAUACGGCCUUCUCUACUACAAUGCACUGAUCAUGAUUUUCCCCACUGUGCUGUACGCUUACUACUCAGGGGACUUGCAAACAGCAGCGGAGUACAAUGGAUGGUCUGAUUUAGUGUUUGUUGUGCAGUUUGUCCUUUCAUGUGUCAUGGGAUUCAUCUUAAUGUACUCCAUCAUGCUGUGCACGCAGUACAACUCAGCACUCACCACCUCCAUCAUCGGCUGUAUUAAAAACAUCCUGGUGACCUACAUCGGCAUGGUGUUUGGUGGAGACUACAUUUUCACCUGGACUAACUUCGUAGGUCUAAACAUCAGCAUUGCUGGUAGUCUGGUGUACUCCUACAUGACCUUUACACAGGAGCAUAGAAAAAAGGCUUAAACCAUGGAGACAGGACUGGACUAUGAAGACCGACUCACCAGACUGCUUUUUAUGUUCUGUGUGCUUUAUGCAGUUGAUGAUGUAUUUUGUCCACACAGACUGUUUGUACAAGUGAUUUUAUAAUAGGCUGUUAUUAACUUUUAUAUUUGAUUAAGAUAAAGUGCCUUAUAUUUUUUUAAUGACACAAACAGAUUUUAUACAAAUCAAUGAAUAAAAAGAGUUUCUAUGGA